CUGCUUUCUGUCAUUGUUGUCUCUGCCCCCGGUGCACCGUCGAAUUCGUGCUGGCCGCUGGUGCGCUCUGUCUCAUAGCUGCUGUCUCGUCGCCGAAGCCGCCAGACGCUGUCCUACCCAGCCAUCAGCGCUGCGUCCAAAGCUGCGGCGCCGGACAUCCCCCCCCCCAAUAGCCCGGUCAAACGACGUUUGGUGUCUCUUCUGCGCCCUCCAGGCAUGCGCACAUGCUCCAGCGAGCAUUCAUAACACCGACCUGUAGCGCCUCGCACGCCGACCCGCCUCCCCAACCUCGAUCCACACUAGAGACAUAUCUCGCCCGCGCGUACCCCAGACGCUCCCAGCCAACGCGCUGCCCGCCUCGCGUGCAGACCGAAUGCGUGCGUGACCGGCACCAGCUGCCAUUGUAACGUCCCCCGGGCUGCAGACCCGGCGCCAUGUCGUUCCUGUUCGGCAAGAAGAACAAGCAGCAGAGCAGCGCGCUCCCCUCGGCCACACCAGAGACCCCUUCGUCGCAUGGCCCCGGCGCUCAGGCCGCGCCGCCAAAUGGACCCCCUCGCGAGAAGGACAGCGGCCGUCCAGGGCCACAGCCGCAGACCAACACGUCGACGCCGAGCGGCAGUGUGAACAAUUCGCUGAGCUCCCUGCAGGGCCGUGACGGCCAGGGUGCAACCGCGCCUGAACCCAAGGCCCUGCGGGAAAGAGCAGGGUCCAACGAACAGGGUGCACUGCAAAACGGUAGGCCUGCGAACGCUCCUCAAGAAUCUCCCUACCCGUGGUCCUCCCGUCGCUUGAACUUUACUGCCGGCAACCCGUUUCCCCGCUACGGCGCUGCGAUCAACUCAGUCGCCUCCAAAGAUGGCACAGUCUACCUCAUGGGAGGUCUUGUUGGCGGCGCAACAGUCAAGGGCGAUCUCUGGCUGACCGAGAUGGGCAACGGGAGCAUGGCCUGCUACCCCAUCUCGACUACUGGAGACGGACCUGGGCCCCGUGUAGGGCAUUCCAGUCUGUUGGUUGGUAAUGCUUUUAUUGUCUUUGGUGGAGACACAAAACUGGCAGACAACGACGACCUGGAUGAUACCCUUUAUCUUUUGAAUACCUCGACAAAACACUGGUCACGGGCAUUGCCCCAGGGCCCACGCCCUACGGGACGUUAUGGACAUACACUGAACAUCUUGGGCUCAAAGAUCUACAUCUUUGGUGGACAAGUGGAAGGUUUCUUCUUCAACGACCUCGUGGCUUUCGAUUUGAACUCCCUCCAGUCGUCGGCCAGCCGCUGGGAGGUUCUGCUCCCAAAUACCAAGGAUCAGUCUUCUCCUCAGGGCCGAUCGCCACCCGCUCGCACGAAUCACUCGGUAGUGGCAUGGACGGACAGGCUCUACCUGUUCGGCGGCACAGACGGUGUUACCUGGUUCAAUGAUGUUUGGACAUAUGAGCCACGCUCUAACACCUGGACUGAGCUUGAUUGCAUUGGCUACAUCCCUGUGGCUCGCGAGGGCCAUUCUGCCGCCCUUGUCAACGACACCAUGUACAUCUUCGGUGGUCGCACACAAGAAGGCGUCGAUUUGGGAGACCUUGCAGCCUUCCGUAUCACGUCUCGUCGUUGGUACAUGUUCCAGAACAUGGGGCACUCGCCCUCUGCCCGGUCAGGUCACAGCAUGACCGCAUUUGGAAAACACAUUGUCACCCUUGCGGGCGAGCCCAGCUCUUCUAUCAGCGAAAGAAACGAGCUGAGCAUGGCCUACAUUUUGGAUACAUCGAAGAUUAGAUAUCCUCCUAAUGAGAGUGCGGCUCCUCAGCAAGCGAUCAAUACUCCUCGCAAGUUGAGCGGAGGCGAACGUAGCAACAUUCCUCAGAGCAGGAACGGGCCACCGCCAAAUCGCGAAAGCAUGUUACCUGGACCACAACCACAACCACAACAACACCAGCAACACCAACAACGAGCUCCGGAUAUGUCGAACGGAAUGGGACCGGGUGGGUCGAGGUUACCUCGUGCAGCUGGACAGGCACCUUCCGGACCUCCACCCCUUCAGCAACCACCUCAACCGAGGAUGAAUGGCGCUAAUCCUCAGGCAGUCCCAGCUUCUAGAAGCAAAACACCGACAAAAGCGGAGCGAUCUCUCGGGCCUUCUAUCGACACCGAGGCCGCGUCUUCGUUCGACAGAGAGAACCUCUCGCCAACCGCUAGAGACAGCCCGUCCGGUGCAGAACUUCAGCGCAAAGGCUCCGACGCCGUCAGCCAGCGCACGCCAAAGGAGUCCAUGGAUACAACGCGAUCUGGAAGUCUGACCUCGCGGAACACAUCGAGAACGCAAUCACACAGGCAGCAGCCGUCUCACGACACUAUAGCUAGCAUUGAACAAGAAACACCCAGGCGAUCAAUGGAAACCCCACAGCAACGCGCUCUGAGCAGAGAGGCGGAUAAUCGACAAGUUGAUAGUGGUCUGGGUGCUUCGCCGGCAGUCGCCCACAUCAAUGACGAUGUCGUUCGCGAGCUCGAUGUUGCUAAAAAUCGCAAUGCAUGGUACGCUUCGGAGCUCGCCUUAGCACGCAAAGCUGGCUACCAUCCCGCCACCUCGACGAGCCCCAUGUUUGACGAACGAUCCGCUGAUACCUUCCAAGAUGAGGAUCGACCGCUGCUCGAGGCUCUACUAAAGAUGAAGGCAGAGGUCGACCGUGUACAGACUUCAAUCAAGACACAAGGGUCAGACGCGGCGAAACGGAUUGCAGAAGUGGAACGGCAACGAGACGCUGCCAUCAGUGAAGCCAUUUACGCGAAGACGAAGCUGGCAGCUCAUGGUGGCGGCAGUCAGGCAGGUACUCCACAGCUCGAUGGCAGUCGCAACACGGACACUCCCGAUCUGGACCGUAUGAACGACAUCAGCCGACGCCUGGCUGCAUCGCUGGCCGCUCAAGCAGGACUGACCACGUUGGUCGAGAAGUUGACUCAGGAGGUCGAGGCCGAAAAGAAGGCCAAGCAACUGGCCGAUGAGACUGCAGAAGCUGCGCAAGCACGUGUGCAAGAACUGGACUCCACUCGACAAAAGGCAGCUGCCGAAUCUGAAAGUCUACGAGCUGAGCUGCAUGAGGCGCAACGCGUAGCGAGAGAAAUGUCUGCCAGCGCCGCCGAAGCCGAGACAUCCUCCCGUCUGCUCGCUGUUGACAAGGAAGAGCUGAGUGCCAAGGUUGCUCAUUUCUCUUCUCAGUCGACGAACCAUGCUGCAGUACUGGAGACACUACGCGAAGCUGUUGCUGCAUCUUCAGAGAAGUCAAGUCUGCUGGAAAGGAAGCUUGAAGAAGAACGCGGUCAGAGGGAAGAUAUACGGCAGAAGUUCAGUCAAUUGCGUGCUGAACAUGAGGCCCGUACAACAGAGCUCGAGAUCGCCUCUCAAAAACUGCGCGAUGCUGAAGAGCUGGCAGAGAAGCAUGCAGCAGAAGCACGUCUUCAUCAGGCAGCUGUGCUGUCUGGUCUGGGAAGCAUUGCUGCCCACGCUCCCGCAAAUGACAAUGUCGCAAACGAACGCGUCAGCAUACUACAACAACAAGUCGAAGCCGCAAACGCUAUGGCGCGCAAGAACCAGGCGGCUGCCGACCAGGCUUCCGAAAAGCUGCGUCGCGCUGAGGAGAGGAUCGCCGGCCUCGAGGCCUACCAAGAACAGUCCAGUCGUGAAGGUCUCACGAUUCGCAAACAGUUGCAGCAGGCCAUGAGGGACGUGCAAGCCUCCGAGGUGGAGAAGGCUGAGCUCCACCAACAGCAUGAGCGCCUGCGACUGGAGAGUAACGCGUUCGAGGUUCAACUGAAAACGCUCAAGAAUCUUCUUGAGGAGAGAGGAGUCAACCCUGUUGACCACCGCCGUUCGAGAGUGCUGGACAGCCCGAACUCACGGUUCGGCACUCCGGAGCUCAAUCGCGUCAGAGAGCUUGAGCAACAAAUCGACUCAAUGAACAAGGUGCACGAGGAGUUGCGUGCUUCUUUCGAGCAGCGCGAACACGAUGUCAGCAGGGACUGGGAGGAGAAAUUACAGGCUCUGCACAAUGAUCAUCAGGCAGCCGUCAAAUACCUACGAGGUACAGAGAAGAUGCUUGCUAAGAUGAAGCAAGAGCUCGACAGGUACAAGAACGCGAACACGAAGCUUGAGGAGGAGCUUAAGCAAGCAACUUCGACCUCGCGAAGCCCGACUAAAGAGCAGACUGCGGAGUGGGAAGCGGAGAGGACGUCACUGCGCACGGAGCUUGCAAAGGUUCAGGACAGCAUGAAGACAACCGUCGUCCAUCUUGAGAGCCAGCUAUCCACACUGCAGUCCGAACUGACCGCAGCGCGACAGGAAGCUGAAUUAGCAGCGAACCGGACCAAGCAAGCCGAGUCCACCGCGAAUCAAUCUCGCGCUGACCUUGACUCUCUUCGUCAGCAGUACACUGCCGUCGAAGAACGUGCACGCGAGGCAGAGAACCGGGUGCAAAUGUUCCUCGAUCAGUUCGAGAACUCUGUAGACAGCUACCGCCGCCAGUCACAGGUGCCGGGAGGCAGCAGUAACGGUGAAAUCACGCGUCACCGCACACACGACAGCAUCGCUUCAGCCGACUCCCUCUACAGCCACAACGACGGCUCAAGCACCCCAGAAGCACCCAACAACCGCCCAGCAUCCACCGCAACCCGCAAUUCCAUGGCGCUGGACAACCUUGCCUCAGAGCUCGACGCUCUGCGGAGUCACUGGGAGACCACAAACAAAGCGUACCGCCUCAGCGAUCGAUUCGACUUCGAGCGCACACCCACGAAAGAGCAGCACGACACUAACGAGGGCAUUUCGCAAUGGAGAGACUCGGUUGACUCCGAGAUCUCGAUCCAGGAGAUUGCGCCCAAGAAGCCGGCUCAAGCGCAGGCCUCGACUGCACCGGCGACGAAUGGGCCACCAGCUGGCAUGCUUUGAUGAUAUUGAUGAUUGUUUGUUUGAUUUGGAGCACUGACGGGCACGACACUCGGAGCCGAUACAUGAGCGCUCAUGGCCACAACUCACCUAGAGUUGGGGCUGGUUAGGUUCUUGGGUUUUGCUUUUCGUAC